CUUGAAUGGCACAAAGUAAAGGACCCAGAAAGUCAGGUUCUUGACGAUCUUGGUUGUUGGAACAACCUCAAACAUCCCUCUUCGGUGAUUAAAUACAUGGCCAUCACAGAUAUCUCAUGGACACAAACUCCACCUUGGGUCGAGCUCACAUCUCCUAGCAAACAUGACAAUCAUGCAUCCUUUUGGCCACUUGCAUCACUUGGAUUUCCAGAGACUCGCUUGAACAGCCUGGCAUUAUCAUUAACAAAUCACUCUUCUCCUCAACAUCAGGUUUCCCUGCCCCCAGAUGAGCAUGUAUUAUGCUUCGACUUCCUUUACUAUGUAAGUGCCCAUCAUACAUGGGAAUGGGAAUUAGACUAUUCUCCCAUGUGGAGAUUUGUAGGCCAACACAUGUGA